AUGUAUUGUCUAUCAACAAGUCAAUAUAGAAUAUCAAAGGCUAUCAAAACUACUGAAACAGUUGGGUAUUCCAGAAUGGAAAUGGGAACAAAUAGUGAUGGACUUUGUGGUAGGCUUUUUGAGAUCAGCCAGAGGUCACAACGCUAUCCAGUUACCAUUGUCUCAAAUAGAGACCCGAGGUUCACAUUAAUAUUUUGGAGAAGCUUGCAGGCAUGUGUUUUGGAUCUUGGUGGUAGUUGGGAGACACAUCUACCGUUGGUGAAAUUUGCUUACAACAAUAGCUUUCAAGCCACUAUCGGUAUGAACACUUAUGAAGCUCUUUAUGGUAAGAAGUGCAAAUCCUCAUUCAUUGGGACAAGGAGAAAUGAUUUGAAAUUUCAAGUGGGUAACAAAGUUUUUCUGAAUGUAAUACCAAUUAAGGGUGCAUUGAAAUUUGGUAAGAAAGGAAAGUUCAGACUAUUGUUUGUUGGGCCUUUUGAAAUUCUUGAAAGGAUUGGUAUUGUGGCUUACCAACUUGCCUUACUACUUGAACUCACAGUAAUAGAUAAUGUGUUCCGUGUUUCGGUACUUAGAAAUAAUGUUCAUGGUCCCAAUCAUGUUGUGUGUUAUCAGAUAUUUGAGGUACAAAAAGACUUACCAUGUGAGGAAAUCUCAACGAUGGUUUUAGAUAGAAAAGUGUACCAAUUAAGAAAUAGAGAGGUUCCCCUAGUCAAGGUUAAAUGUCGAAAUCAUGAACUUGACGGGUCAAAUUGGAAGAAGGAAGAGGAGGUUAAAGCCAUGUAUCCAGAACUCUUCCAUUAG